ACACUUGUGAGGUUUCAGUGCAUUCCUGGCUGCUAAUAGAGCAGAGCAUUUCUGUAGUACCAAGUGAUACGGGUCUUCCCCUCUUCAGUGUCCAGAUCCUCUCCAGCGCUCCCUUUGGUGUCCAGGCAAUACUGACUGGUGCACAUCUUGAGAGUCUCCUGGCAACCUGUUCUGUAGGGCUGAAUGCCAGCAGGAGCGGCCGCCUAAAUCCAUGAGCCUAUAAAUAGGCAGAAUCGGAGCACACCAUGGGUCAGAAGGUCACAGGUGGGAUAAAGACUGUGGAUAUGAGGGACCCUGUAUACAGGCCACUGAAACAGGAACUCCAAGGACUUGACUACAGCAAACCCACACGCCUGGAUUUGCUACUGGACAUGCCUCCGGUGUCCUACGAAGUGCAGUUACUACAUUCAUGGAACAAUGAUGAUCGCUCGCUGAAUGUGUUUGUGAAAGAGGAUGACAAACUCAUAUUUCACCGGCAUCCGGUGGCUCAGAGUACAGAUGCCAUCAGAGGCAAAGUGGGAUAUACCCGAGGACUCCACGUGUGGCAGAUCACGUGGGCAAUGAGGCAGCGAGGCACGCAUGCUGUGGUCGGGGUGGCAACAGCAGAUGCCCCUUUGCAUUCAGUAGGAUACACGACACUGGUAGGAAAUAACCAUGAAUCUUGGGGCUGGGACCUUGGGCGCAACAGACUGUACCAUGAUGGCAAGAACCAGCCAAGUAAAACGUACCCUGCCUUCUUGGAGCCAGAUGAAACUUUCAUUGUGCCGGAUUCUUUCCUGGUGGUUCUGGACAUGGAUGAUGGGACGUUGAGCUUCAUUGUAGAUGGGCAAUACAUGGGUGUUGCAUUUCGAGGACUCAAAGGGAAAAAGCUAUAUCCAGUGGUAAGCGCGGUGUGGGGACACUGUGAAAUACGGAUGUGCUACUUGAAUGGACUUGACCCUGAACCACUGCCUUUGAUGGACUUGUGUCGGCGAGCUGUGAGGCUUGCUCUGGGCAAGGAAAGACUGAAUGAGAUCCCUACACUGCCACUGCCAGCAUCCCUCAAGAGUUACCUGCUCUACCAAUGACCUUCGUGUUCAAGGAUGGAGAGUUGGAACCAAGGCAAAAGUAUCAGAGUUGACCCACUGAGCAAUGGGCUCUCCACCCUUGUGUCAUCGCUACUGUUGGAACUCCUUGGCCAAAGUAUUCUUGCCACUGCUUAGAUCUCCAUGUGCCCUUACUGGCAACUCUCAAGUAAUCCUUGUUUCACAACUGAAGUGUUUUGUUCUUUGGAAUUCUUCCCUAGCAUGCUUACAAAAGGAACAUUUAGAGGAGCUCUGUGCUUCCCUGCUUCUCCUGAUGAAAGGCUGUGCUGCAUCCUUUGGGUUGUAGAGCUUAGGAGUGAAUGGGUUUUCUGUACCAGCCCAAGGGAAGAGCAUAAUGUGGGGAAAGGGAAGGCAUUAGGAGUGGAAAUGUUAAAACCAGGUUCUGAGAGUGGAAAGGCAUGCGGUGACCAGCAGAGUUGGGAAGAGUGUGGAAUACCAAGAAUUAAUUGCUGAGUUCUUAAAAACCAAACAAUAAAUAUUAAAGAAUACAACCCCAAGCCCUGAAACACCAAAACCAAGAACCCUUCCACCAGGAGACUUUCUAGUUUGGUGAUGUCAGUGAUGCCAUUAUCUCUGCCAGGACUUCUCACUAUGUACUAAUGUUAUUUCAUAGUGAAUCCUGUGUGCUUGUUCACCAUUGCUUGCUCAGUUCUCCUGCUCUGUU